AUGCAAGAUUAUUAUUUUCUUUCUUCAAACCUUUUAAGUGAAAAUUGCAUUUUUUUAGAUGCUAGCAAUUUUUAGGAUAAAAUUUAACAUCUGCCUAUCUUAGGGAAGGAAUUAGCAUAAUGUCAAAAUUUAACUGGCUUAAAAAUAGCAUUCGAAGGUCUUUAAAUUGGAGAUGAUGGGUUGAAAAAUCUAGGAUUAAGCUUAGAAUACUUAAAUAUAAGCAUUUUAGACUUAUCUUUAAGAGGAAAUAAUAUUCAAAAAUAAGGAUUAAAUAAUUUACUAUAAGGUUUAGUAAAAUGUUCAAACCUCACUAAUUUAAAAAUCAAUCUUAGCGGGAAUUAAAUAGAAAGUGAAGGGAUAUAAAACAUGAAUAAUUAACUAUCUCAACUUAAGAGUCUAACAAAUUUAACUUUGUACCUAACUAAUACUAAAAUCGGGAAUGAGGGAUUAAGUGUAUUAGGAUAAUAGCUAGCUUUAUGUGAAAAAAUUGAAUAUUUAGCUCUUUUUCUGAGUUUUAAUUAAAUAAAUUAAUAAGGAGCGUAAGAUCUAUGUUAAGGGCUUGCUCAGUGCAAAUAACUAAAGAUUAUUUAUAUUUAUCUGAGAUAAAAUGAGGUUGAGUCAAAAGGUUUAUAAUCUAUGCUUAAGUAACUUUCAUAAAACAAAGAACUCAACUAAUUAACAUUAGAUUUAAGUGCUUGCAACAUUUAAGAUAACUACCCUAUUGACAUAGAUUGUUUCUAAUAAAUGACUAAUCUUCAGUUUUUGAGUCUUUAAUUACAAGCUAAUAAAAUAGGACAACAGUGGAUAUCUUAAUUAGCUUAACAAAUACAUAAAUGCCCUCGUCUUUAGCAUCUAGAGCUUUAUUUAGGCGAUAAUUUUAUAAACGCUGAAGGAUUUGCAGCUCUAGGAAAAGGAUUAAAAAAAAUUUAAAAUCUAAACUAAUUAGAAAUAAAUUUAAGGGGCAACUCAACAGAAUUUAAAGAUCUAUCUAGCUUUAUUUAUGAAUUGUCAUAAUGUGGAAAGCUUGUUAUGUUAGAUAUAAAUCAUCAGCUUGCUACAUAAUGCCUUAAAAAAAUUAAUUCUUUGAUUUAAAUUGUGGAAUUGUGA